AUGGGUCGAGAACAAGAGGUGGAGAUCAAGCUGCCCAAACCAGGGGUCAAGAACAACCUGCCAGAACGCGGGGUCGAGAAGAAACUGACAGAACAAUUUGUUGAGAACAAGCUGCUAGAAAAACCAGGGGUCGAGAACAAGCUACCAGAACGUGGGGUCGGGAACAAGCUGCCAGAACGUGGGGUCGAGGACAAGCUGCCAGAACUAGGGGUCGAGAACAAGGGUCGAGAACAAGCUGCCAGAACGAGGGAUCGAGAACAAACUGCCAGAACGAGGGGUCGAGAAGAAGGGGUCGAGAUCAAGCUACCAGAACCUGCUAGAACGAGGGGUCGAGAACAAGGGGACGAGAACAAGCUGAAAGAACAAGAGGUCGAGAACAAACUGCCAGAACCAGGGGUCGAGAAGAAGCUGCCAGAACGUGGGGUCGAGAACAAGCUGCCAGAACGUGGGGUCGAGAACAAGCUGCCAGAACGUGGGGUCGAGAACAAGCUGCCAGAACAAGGGGUCGAGAACAAGCUGCCAGAACGAGGGGUCGAGAACAAGCUGCCAGAACUAGGGGUCGAGGACAAGCUGCCAGAACGUGGGGUUGAGAACAAGCUGCCAGAACGUGGGGUCGAGAACAAGCUGCCAGAACGAGGGAUCGAGAACAAACUGCCAGAACGAGGGGUCGAGAAGAAGGGGUCGAGAUCAAGCUACCAGAACAACGAGGGGUCGAGAACAAGAGGUCGAGAAGAAGGGGUCGAGAACAAGCUGCAAGAACGUGGGGUCGAGAACAAGCUGUCAGAAUUAGGGGUCGUGAACAAGCUGUCAGAACGAGGGGUCGAGAACAAGAGGUCGAGAAGAAGGGGUCGAGAACCAGCUGCAAGAACGUGGGGUCGAGAACAAGCUGUCAGAACAAGGGGUAGUGAACAAGCUGCCAGAAUGAAGGGUAUUGGACAAGCUGCCAUAACAAGGGGUCGAGGACAAGGGGUUGGAAUGAGGGGUCGAGAACAAGGGAUGGAGACCAAGCUGCCAGGACAAGCUGCCAGAACGUUGGGUCGAGAACAAGCUGUCAGAACGUAG